CUGUUAGUCAGCAGAGGCAGUACACCAGAUUUCCUUGUGGCUUUUAGUGGAAAAUGUUAAAAGCGCCCUCAUUUUUCAGUUAUAGAAAUUUUCAGUUUGAUCUGGAUUAGUCACAGAACUGGCAUGAACCUUCUAAUUGUGAAGGCUGUCCAAAUGCACUGUUUUUUUCUCCUGCUAGAGGAAGUUACAUCCUGAGCAGUCGCUCAGCUCUCUGGUAAGUGUAGCAUGUGAGCAUUACUAGGCAUUUCAUCCUGCGGGUCUGCAGUCUUUGCUCUCAGUCAGGCUGUUGCUCAGUUGGAGUGCUUCUUCGGGGCUGAUCCUGAGGUUCUAUAGAUAUUUUUCAAGGGCCUACUCAUGAGACGAUGUCAGCGGCAUUUUGCAAGAUCAUCUGAGGAACAGGAAAGCAUCUGAAAUCAACUGAAAAGGAUAGCUAUAACGGUUUUUCAGCAAGGAAGAAAAGUAUAUUGGCAUAGAGGCAGAUGAUUGAAUAAAAUAGUUGCUUAGAGAAGAUGCACAGUCUGCUGUUUUUCCCUUUGAAUGAAGACUAUUUAAUGGAAGCUGUAUUCAUGUGGAGAUCAAAGGAAAUACUGGAAUGAUAAACUACUUUUUUUCUUCUCUUUUUAAAAUGAAAACUCUGAAGCAGUAAUUUGAGCUCACAGGUCUUCUAAUUCUUUUGUCUGCUUGUUCUAUUAGGGUUUUCCACUAUCUCCAUUUCUGCCUGGUGCCUGUGUCUUUUUGCUAGAACAGCCACAAACAGCUGCCUGAUGGAGAAAGAAUGAAAGCUUUGCCUUGCCGGUGUUAUUGAUGGGAAUAAAGCUCUCUGUGUUUCUUCUGUUAUAUGGGAAAUCUGGAUUAAUCAAGCUGUAUUCUAGUACCAGUAGUCCUAUUGUCUCUUGUGAUCUGACUCAUCACAUGUAAAUAUACUGCAGCUUUGCUAUUAUUGCAGUGUUGUGUUUUUGUUUUUUCUUUUUCUUUUUUUCCUCUAAACACAGAGUUGUCAACUCUGAACUUCAUUUUCAGGAUUUGUGCUGACCUCUAGGUUUUUUAUUUGUUUGUUUCAUGGAUAAUGUCUAUAUUAAAUGAGUGAAGCUGAAGAAAUGAAGACAAAUUAGAAGUGGAAUCAAAAAACAAAAUAGUGCGUUUUUUGGGUUUUUUUUUUUUUUUUCAGUUAGCCAGCCAGCCUAUUGGUAACUAUAUGACCUUGCAGGCAGGAGUGGGUAUAGCUGUGUUCAUCUCCGUCACUGCACUUGUUUCUAAUUUCAUUUUUUAUCGUGUGGUGGUGUAUCACCCAAAGUAAUCAUCGUUUUGUACAAGUAAAUUUCACAGCGCAAUGUAACUAUUUUGGUGGAAGAAAAGUAUUUUUAAAAGAGCUAAUACUGGACUUGGUUUUAAUUAUUGACACAUUAAUGUGGAGCUUUAUUUUGAUAACCUGGCAGAAAGUAGUGGGAUUUUAUUUUUAGGGAGUUAAAAGUUAUGUAUCAUAAUUUUAAGCUUCAGUUUCUCUGAUAAUACAUACUAAUGUUAUAAAACCAGCUGUGCUGUUCAGAGAAUGUUUGUAAGUGUUGUACAGAAGAGGAGGAAAAACUACUUGUGCCCUUCCAGCUGUGACUUCAAUCACGUAGCUUGGGAUUUAAUGUUUUAAAAGAGCGAAUGAGUCGAGUGUGUAUUGUUGUGUUGGAGGAGGUAGAAGAUGAUUCUCCUACAUUCGUUUCUAAAUUGCCACAGAAAAAUAAAUCUCUACAUUCUCCACCUUCUGGAAAUGUAUUGCCGUCACUGGUGCAAGCUAUAUUUAAUGGAGAUCCUGAUGAAGUUCGAGCACUAAUAUUUAAGAAAGAAGAUGUUAACUUUCAGGACAAUGAAAAAAGAACUCCCUUACAUGCAGCUGCCUAUCUUGGAGAUGCAGAAAUCAUUGAACUGCUUAUUUUAUCUGGAGCUAGAGUUAAUGCCAAAGACAGCAAAUGGUUGACACCUUUACACAGAGCAGUUGCAUCUUGUAGUGAGGAAGCAGUUCAGAUACUUUUGAAGCAUUCUGCAGAUGUAAAUGCUCGAGAUAAAAACUGGCAAACUCCCUUACACAUAGCUGCUGCUAAUAAAGCUGUCAAGUGUGCUGAAGCUCUGGUACCCCUUCUGAGUAACGUGAAUGUGUCUGAUAGAGCAGGAAGAACUGCAUUGCAUCAUGCAGCUUUUAGUGGACAUGGUGAGAUGGUCAAACUACUCUUGUCCAGAGGUGCCAAUAUUAAUGCUUUUGACAAGAAAGAUAGGCGUGCCAUCCAUUGGGCAGCAUAUAUGGGUCACAUUGAAGUAGUAAAGUUACUUGUGUCUCAUGGAGCUGAAGUCACGUGCAAAGAUAAGAAAUCUUACACACCUCUCCAUGCAGCAGCCUCUAGUGGAAUGAUCGGUGUAGUCAAGUAUCUUCUAGAUCUUGGAGUUGAUAUGAAUGAACCAAAUGCCUAUGGAAACACACCUCUUCAUGUGGCCUGUUAUAAUGGACAAGAUGUUGUUGUGAAUGAGCUCAUAGACUGUGGUGCUAAUGUAAAUCAGAAGAAUGAAAAAGGAUUCACUCCUCUGCACUUUGCUGCAGCAUCAACACAUGGAGCACUCUGUUUAGAACUUCUGGUUGGCAAAGGGGCUGAUGUAAAUACGAAGAGUAAAGAUGGGAAAACUCCACUACACAUGACUGCCCUCCACGGUAGAUUCUCCAGAUCACAAACCAUUAUCCAGAGUGGAGCUGUAAUUGACUGUGAGGAUAAGAAUGGAAAUACCCCUCUGCACAUAGCAGCGCGGUAUGGCCACGAGCUGCUAAUCAACACUCUCAUUACAAGUGGUGCUGACACCGCCAAACGUGGCAUCCAUGGAAUGUUCCCCCUCCAUUUGGCAGCCUUAAGUGGUUUUUCAGAUUGCUGCAGAAAGCUUCUUUCUUCAGGAUUUGACAUAGAUACCCCAGAUGAUUUUGGCAGGACCUGUCUGCAUGCAGCGGCAGCUGGAGGAAAUCUGGAGUGCCUAAACCUUCUGCUGAAUACUGGUGCAGACUUCAACAACAAGGACAAAUUUGGGAGAUCUCCACUGCACUAUGCUGCUGCCAACUGCAAUUAUCAGUGUCUAUUUGCCCUUGUGGGAUCAGGAGCAAGUGUGAAUGACCUUGAUGAAAGAGGCUGCACCCCCUUGCACUAUGCAGCAACAUCUGACACAGAUGGCAAGUGCCUGGAAUACUUAUUAAGAAAUGAUGCAAAUCCAGGGAUCCGGGACAAACAAGGAUACAAUGCAGUUCAUUACUCAGCUGCAUAUGGUCACCGUCUAUGUCUUCAGCUGAUUGCAAGUGAAACUCCUUUAGAUGUUUUAAUGGAAACCUCUGGGACAGACAUGUUGAAUGAUUCAGAUAACAGAGCAACAAUAAGCCCUUUACACUUGGCUGCCUAUCAUGGUCACAAUCAAGCACUGGAAGUGUUGGUACAGUCUUUGUUAGAUCUUGAUGUAAGAAAUAGCAGUGGAAGAACACCCUUAGAUCUCGCAGCAUUUAAAGGCCAUGUUGAAUGUGUGGAUGUACUCAUCAAUCAGGGAGCCUCCAUCUUAGUAAAAGAUUAUAUUUUGAAGAGAACACCUAUACAUGCUGCAGCAACAAAUGGUCAUUCAGAAUGCUUACGGUUGUUAAUAGGAAAUGCAGAACCACAGAAUGCAGUAGAUAUUCAAGAUGGAAAUGGACAGACACCUCUUAUGUUGUCUGUUCUCAAUGGACACACAGACUGUGUGUACUCACUACUGAACAAAGGAGCAAAUGUAGAUGCCAAAGAUAAGUGGGGAAGGACAGCAUUGCAUAGAGGGGCAGUUACAGGCCAUGAAGAAUGUGUAGAUGCAUUACUUCAACACGGUGCUAAAUGCUUACUACGGGACAGCAGGGGUCGGACACCUAUACACUUAUCAGCUGCCUGUGGACACAUUGGAGUUCUUGGCGCCCUUUUACAGUCAGCAGCAUCUGUGGAUGCAAAUCCAGCCAUAACAGACAAUCAUGGAUAUACAGCACUACACUGGGCUUGCUACAAUGGUCAUGAGACAUGUGUAGAACUUCUUUUAGAACAGGAGGUUUUCCAGAAAAUAGACGGAAAUGCAUUCAGUCCAUUGCAUUGUGCUGUGAUCAAUGACAACGAAGGUGCUGCUGAGAUGCUCAUUGAUACGUUAGGUGCCAGCAUUGUGAAUGCCACAGAUUCGAAGGGAAGAACUCCUCUCCAUGCUGCCGCCUUCACAGACCAUGUAGAAUGUUUACAGCUGCUGCUCAGCCAUAAUGCUCAAGUCAACUCUGUGGACUCUACUGGAAAAACACCUCUCAUGAUGGCUGCAGAAAACGGACAAACCAACACAGUUGAGAUGCUGGUUAGCAGUGCUAGUGCUGAUCUGACUUUGCAGGAUAACAGUAAAAACACCGCCCUUCACUUGGCUUGCGGCAAGGGUCAUGAAACUAGUGCCUUGUUAAUACUGGAAAAGAUAACAGAUAGAAACCUCAUCAAUGCAACCAACGCAGCCUUGCAAACGCCUCUGCAUGUUGCUGCCCGAAAUGGGCUAACAAUGGUCGUUCAAGAACUUUUGGGGAAAGGAGCGAGUGUACUUGCAGUAGAUGAAAAUGGCUAUACCCCAGCUUUGGCUUGUGCUCCCAAUAAGGAUGUGGCUGACUGCCUGGCUCUCAUUCUGGCCACCAUGAUGCCUGUCUCGUCAAGUAGUCCUUUGUCAUCCCUGACAUUCAAUGCCAUUAACCGUUAUACCAACACCUCAAAAACAGUUAGUUUUGAAGCCUUGCCUAUCAUGAGGAAUGAACCUAGCUCCUAUUGCAGUUUCAACAACAUUGGUGGGGAACAGGAGUACCUGUACACUGACGUGGAGGAGCUCAACGACUCUGAUUCUGAGACCUACUGAGAAGCUGAGCCUGAGGAAGGACGAGUUCUGACACUAAGGCUUCAAACUGUGCUUUUUCAGGAAAAAAGCACUUAAUUCAUAUACAAAUUCACCCUGAAGAAAGAUCACACAGCAAAUGAACACACGCUGACACUAGGAAGAGUUUUAAAGGCAAGUUUUGCAAAAGGAACUUCUAGAAUCUUAAUAAUGACUUGACCAGAGGAAAACACACUGAUGUCAAAUUGCUAUGUGGAAUUGUUUGAUUUGGCUUUGCCAUGCCAGAAAUAGGGAUACUGCUCCCUCACCUGCUUAUAUAAGCAGCACUAUUGUAAAGAAGAGAUAAGGACAGUAGAUUUAAAUUUUACCAAUAAAAUUACAACUAAAAUUUAAAGGCAAUAAAAAGUUUGGUACAGUAGGCAUUAUGUACACACCAAAUUGCCAAAGGACCAAAAUAACUGAAAGUUUUUUUUUUUUAAAUAUAGAAUGCUGUUUCGUGGAAACCGGAGUAGGUGAGAUGAGACAUUGUCUAAAGCAAACUUCAAUAUUUCUGAAAAUGAAGCCAAGAUUUUGAUUUAAAUGUUGAUUUUUAUAAAGAAAACAUCUGAAAGCCUUCCAGUACUGUAUUAAACCAUGAGAGAAAGCAGAUGUAUUUUUACAUUUUUCUUUUACAUAAAAAAUUUUAAAACUCCAGUUUUUAUAGAAUCGAAAACCAGCUGACUAAGUGCAGUAUGGAUGAGAGUUCUUGUGACAAAGACACGGAGUGAAUUGGGGUCAGGGCUGUUGCCGAUUUGAGUGGUUUGAUUUUAAAUUGAAUAUUUUUUGUUUAAGAAUUUCUUAGAAAAAAAUUGAUGAAAUUAAAAGCAGAUUAUUUCACCCUGUUACAGCCCAGUGGUCCUGGGACAGACUGUUUCAGCCUCUAACUUGGGGUGAGCAUGCCUUCAUCACUCGGCCACCUCUGUGCCUCCACAAUGGGUUGGAGGACUUUUGUUGUCAUUUGUUUUAGUCUUUGAGUUUUGAAAACAAUGAAGAAUCACAAUAAAAAUUUUUAAGCCCUUGUUCUGAUUUAUAAGGUAAAUAUUAUCAAGUCUCUUGGAAGGCAUUUCUGUAUUGGGCAAGAUUUAAAAUAUUAAAGAGUUUAGGUCCUAUUCAGAUUGAGAGUAGCAUGUUUGUAACUUGUUACUGUUUGGAGAGAUUGCCUGCCAAAUUGAAGACUGCCUUUCAAGUAAUAGAGGGAAAAGGCUGACAUUUAGGCUUUUAAGUAACACUUUCCAUGGUUCUGCUUUUACUGUAAUUCUCACUUUCCCAGGAAAAAUUAUUUCACAUAUGUAGGGGUCUUACAGGUCUGAGUAAAGUCCAGUACAUUGCAGCAAAAUGAUACCCAAUUUCAUCCUAUCCUUUUUGUAUUGUGAAACUGGAAACUUUAUGACAUUGUAAAUUAUCAGCUGGUUUUUCUGAAUAUAAAGUGUGAAAACACAGAACAGUAUUUUGAUCUAUUUGAUAAUUUUGUGGGGUUUUUGAAGAAUUAAUGAGCAUGUAUAUAGGAAUAGUGACUGCUUGAAUACUGUAUUUACUUGCACUCUUUCAGUACAUCCAGAUUCCUGUAUAUUUUAGAGUAUAAUAAAACACAGAUGUGAGUUGUAUUUAAUGAAUAAUGUAUUUGUAUCUGUGCAUAUUACCUAAAAAUCUAUAAAGUUUCUAGGGCAUUGACUACUAGAUUUUAAGCAUUUUUUCUAAAAUAUUUACAAAAAAUAUAAAUAUAAUCUCCAUCUUUUCUUUAUACUAUAAAGAAGUCAUACUGAACCCUUCCUAAUUAUUAGUGGUGGAAGGGUAAAUACACAUUUUAAAGACAGUAGAUUACAUUUUCUAUUGUACCUUUUGAAAAAAGAAAACUCAAGAGGAUUGUAAAAGUAUACCAUAUGUGUGCUUUCUCUCUCCUUUUAGGAAUUCUCUUCGGAAUUCCCUGAGGGAAUUUUCUAGAAUCUCAGAAUUGAAAGAGACCUGAGGUUCAUCCAAUCUAACCUCUUAACAAAUGCAGGAGUCCCUUCUCCAAGGGUGAUCUUUCCACCUUAAAUUCUUACAGUGACUCUACCUCACCAAGCAGUCCAUUCAGUGGUUGAGCAGCUCUAAUUGUUCAAAAGGUCUUCCUUAGAUGGAGUUGAAGCCUCCCUCCUGGUAACGUCUGUCCUUGGGCCCAGCUCUGUCCUCAGUGAGAAUGUUGGAAGGGUGACUCUCCCACUCUCUGCCAUGUCUUCUCUUUCACAGGCUGUUUGACUCCUUUGCUGAAUUGCUUUUUCAGAAGGACUCAUUAGACUGUUAAGAGUUUCAACAUCUAAUGAAAUCCAAGGUGUAGCUAUAAAGUGACAAA